AUAAAGAAAUACAUUAACAUCAGAAGUCAGUUGCUGCAGAAGAGAUAUGGAGUUCAAGAUAACAUUUCAAUCAGCUCUUCAUCUUCCCGAGCCAGGUCUAGCAGUAAGGCAAGCUUAGCAGUUGAUGAAUUAUCUGGCAGUUCAAAGAAGAAAAAUGACCUAACAAUAUCGGAAAACUAUGCUUUUACUGGAGUUCAUCAUAUUUUUGAUCAGCAUAGUGAUGAAGUGAGUGUAGUUAAAUUCGCAAACAACGACCGCUCGAAGCUGUGCUGUGCGUCGCGCGACGGCACUGUGUCUAUAUGUGAUGUGACGGCGACCCCGCCACGUGUCUCUGUUAUACUAGAGGGACACACCGAUGCUGUCACUGACUGCGACUGGUCUGCGUCUAACGAGCUGGUAGUGACGUGUGGACUGGACGGCGCACUUUGUGUGUGGGACGUGGCGCGACGUCGGCGGUUGCGCGAGGCUCGCGACCAGCUCUCCGCGCCGCUUCUUUGCUGCGCUUUCCAGCCAGCAAACAAUAACAUGGUCAUUGCGGGAAACGCGAGAGGAAUGGUGGAAGUUCUCAAUGUGUCGACAGGAAUAUAUCCUAGAGGUGGCAGCAGCAUAUUAGGCGGCAAGGUGCAGGCCAUCGCGUGCGAAUCCAGUGGCAGAAUGUUUUGGGCGGCCAAUGAUAAGGGUGUAAUAGUGAGUUACCGCACAUCGGGUACGGGGGCGCUAAGCAAGCUGCGGAGAUGCUGCGUGGGCGGCGCAGUCACCAGCCUCAGCUGGAGCCCCUGGCUGGCGCGCCAUCCCGCACUGCUGGUCAGCGCCGCUGACAACUCGCUGUACCUCUUUAGAAUAACGGACCGCGAGGGUAGUUUGAGCCUGAAGAAGCGUUUCGAGACGGUACACCGACAUCACGGUGUGCGCUCGACCUUCUGCCCCAUUAUGUCGUUCCGGCGCGGCGUGUGCGUCGUCAGCGGCGGCGAGGACGCCUGCGUCUACUUCCUUGACAUUGAGGGUCAUGCCGGACAACCCGUCGUCAAUAAGCUCCAAGGGCACGCGUCUGCAGUGCUGGGCGUCAGCUUCAGUUACGACGAGAGCCUGCUGGCCAGCAGCGAUGUCUCCGGCCUGGUCAUCAUCUGGCGUCGCGGCUGAUCGCUGCUACAGUAACAUAUUGUUGAAUAUUUGCCGAGUGUGUGUGAAAACGCUACGUCGACCAGUAGUCACCACAAAAUCCACAUUAAGACUACUCUACACUUAUCUAAUAUAAUUUCUUACUUAAGUCUAACAAUUGGCGUUUUUUUUCGAAUAACUGAAUCUGCAAUUAAAAUCCUUCGAAGAUUCCGUUUUAUUAGAAACAUGUUUCUAAUAUAACGAAAAAAAAUGAUGUUAUUUUUCCGAUUAUAAAAUAGUUGCUAACUUGACUUGUAAUUGCAGCUCUAAAGUUUGAAUAAAUAUUUCGAAAUUUUAUGUAUGAUGUUUAUUCAUUGUGCGUAGAUGUAGUGCCACAAGAGAAUUCAGAAUUUACAAUUCGGAUACACACACUAAAAUUAAAACAUUCAAAAACUAAACAUCGCGCUUUUAUCAACUGUUAUAUGCAUUUAAAAUUUACUCAAGUUAUUUAACGUGGAUUUUUUUAACUAAUAAUUUUAAAUAAAUAACAGUUUGUCUGUUAAAAUUAUCGUGCGUGUAUCCAAACUCACACCAGUAUAUACUAUCUAAUACACUACCAAGUUAAGAAAUAAACAAUUAAAAAUAUUAUUACGUAUGAAAAUCUAGCAAGUACAAGUAUUGGGUUACUAUCACUUAGCACUAUACAAUAGUUUGAAUCUAUUGUGAGUUUAAACUGCGGUGACUGUUAUUGACAUAUCAACGGCCCCUAUAAUGUAACUAAAAAUGGACGUUUUUAAAGUUGAUUUUUGGUUUAUCUUUUUAAUGUAAAGCAUGAUUUUGACAAAAUCGAAUUUAUUUACGUUUUUCUAUUGGUAAAAGUACAAGAAAGAUUAAGAAAUAUGUAAACAUUCGUCAUAAUAAGCUAUUUUAGACAGUAAAAAAUUUAGAAUUCUUCAGUUACGAUACUUCACUUAGGGACUGGCGACAUAUGUUAUCUCCUACAUUCUUUUUUAACAAACAGAGAAGACAAUAUGUCAAUAAAGUUCACUGCAGUUAAAAUCCACUGUAAUGUAUAAAAAUUGUGUCCAAAAACCAUUGAAUUAACCGAAUCGAAAUAAUAAUAGUAAAAACAGUUAGAUGAAUUAACAACUAUCAUUUUGCAUUCAAAUAUAAAUACAUAAAAAUAGAUAAAAACUUAAUAUAGAUUAGGCUUUAGAAACGUACCUUAAAUUCAGCUAUAAUAUUCUUGCAAAAGAGAAAUUGUUGAGAAAAAUCCCGCAGUGUGUUGCACUAUUAUAAAUAUUUAAGAACUUAAUCAGUAUAUUUUCAGUAUAAAGCGCUACUUUCUAGUUGUAUACAAUAAUUCACGGCUAUUUGUACCAUUGUUCAGUUAACACCAAGACAAUUCACUGGCGUUCCUCACACUAAAUCUAUUUGCCUAGAUGUUAAAGGCUUGAAGGCUUUUUACUUCCGAUAUGUAGAGUUCGAAAAUUUUGUUUUCACAUAUGACAUAUGAAAAGUGUUAAUC